AUGCCAACGCUGCGGUCCAGAGCCUCUUCAGGCUCGCUGAAGCUGAAGCGCGCAGCUUCUGACGCCCGCCAUCGCGCCAUGUCAUCCGUCUCUUCGAUCAGCUCAGUAGCCCGCCUGCCGUUCUCCCAGACUGACGAACCCGUGCCUGCUGUCCCUCCCACCUACUCUGCCGACACUUCGAUCUCAAACGCUUCUAUGGACGAUGAACGCAUGACCGGAACGUCGUUUCCAACGCGAACUGAUGAUGACGCCGCCGGGCCUUCCGUACACGAUUCAUCAUCAUCGUCCACUCGCGACAAAUCUCCAUCCAAUGGCGUUGCUGGUCCGCGUGCUUCGCGCGCCGUCUCUGCAGUCAACGAGACUGUUUACUCAUUCCGUUUGCUGGAAGCCCUGCGUAGUGGAAACCAGACCGAGCUGCACCCUUUUCUCACCAAGGGUGCAGCGCGAGGCGCCGCUGUCAAGGAGCUCACUAGUCCGCUACACCUGGCUGUGCGAUGUGCCGAAUACCCAACCAUCGAGCUCUGCCUGGAGUACAAAUCGGCGACGCUAAAUGCAAAGGAUUCCAUCAAUGGCAACACGCCCCUGCACCUUGCCAGUAGCGUAGGAAGGGCAGACGUCGUGCAGCUAUUCUUGGACCAAGACGAUGUGGACGAUACCAUCACGAACAAUGAGGGCAAGGAACCUAUGUCUGUCGCCAAGACGCUUGAAAUUGCGCAAAUAUUUCAAGUCUCGCGGGCUGAGCUUAACGUCAAAUACUUGCAGACUCUUGAAGCAUUUGAGCGCGAUCAGGUGGGAUCAGACGUACUGCUCGCCUUGCUCGAUAGGCCCAGGGUCAAGGCCAUCGACUUGAACGCGCAAACCAGACUGUCUGGCACUACCUUGCUGCACGAAGCUGUUCGCAGAAAAGAUCCCAAACUCAUCGAGACGGCGGUCCGCAAGGGUGCGGACAUCUUCUGCCGCAAUCGAAAGGGACGCCGGGCGGUGGAGACGACCAAGGACGAGAAGAUCAGAGCUCUGCUACAGCAGCUGUCGAAUGCGGAUGCUGCGCGGGCUGUGCAGCAGUCUGCAGCAGGUUUGCCACCGAUCUUCCGCGGCUACCUUGCCAAGUGGACGAACAUUGCCGGCGGAUACAAGACUCGGUGGUUCGUCCUCGAAAACGGCAUUUUAUCCUACUACCACACGCAGGAAGAGGAGGGCAAACAGUCGAGGGGUUCGACCAAUCUGCGAUUCGCCAAGAUUCGCGCGGACACCAACGACAAGCAUCGAUUCGAGGUGCAUUCCGAUGCGUCGCGCGGAUCAGCUUCAAAGCUCUUCUUGCGGGGUUCGCAUCCUGUCGAGAGAGCUCGAUGGGUGCAGGUGCUUCAACAGACCGUAGACUUCUUCGAAAUGGAGCGCGCUCCCAGCAGAUCCGACUCGCAUAGCGCUCAAAGCGUUCGAGGGUCGAUCAGAACACCCUCCACGACCAGCUUGCUGGACAACACUUCUACAUCCCACGUUCCUGCCGGCACCAAGGGAGUGCCAGGGGGAACCGUGUCAGUGCCAUCUAGGACUGGCACGCCAUUCCGCAACAUCUCCAUGGCGGCUACUCCUACGAUUCCGGAGGGCGGUCAGCCUGCUCUUGUGGCGCCUGUGCCACGAGCAGCUCCUGCAGGCGGCAUCCUCGAGCGCAGCGACUCGAGCACUGGCGGUCGUGCGCCCUCCGUUCGUUCCUUGCAGGUCGGACGCACACCCAGCCUCGCCAGUCUAGGAUCUCAUACACCAUCCGACGAGAAGGAGGCGGAGCUCAGCAACGAGGUUGACAAUGAUGAUCGACCUCGUGGUAUCCCCUACGAAGAUUCGAUUGCUCUACUCAGCACCAACCUGCGCACCCAGGUCGAACUCGCGCACCAGCUUGCGAGCAGCUUGAAUGCUCCUCCUGCAGCAUCGACCACACAGCCGCCCGACCGCACGAGCUUCAUGUCGACACGCGCGGCUUUCCAAGCUAGUCCGGAAGGCGUGCGCGACGCUUUGCAAGAUGCUAUCAAGAACAGCGCUAGCCUGCUAGCUCGCUACCAAGAAAUCGUAUCAGAGCGAGAAGCUUACUUGCUGCGGCGUUAUGAACAAGAGAUACAAGCCAAGCGGCUGUGGGAAGAGAACAUGCGCGUUCUGGCGCAGCAGCAUGCGGAUAUGGAGCGCCAGCUCUCGGAAGCUGUAGAGGAGAAUGCUCGACGCCGCAAGGCGCUUAGGGGCAUGAGGGACGUCAUCGCCAGCUCGCCCGCCGGCACCAUCUCGAGCCCACGUGGUGGGGUCGCUUCUCCUGUCGGCGCAGACACGUUUGCAUCGCCUCAGGGCUCUUUGGCUCUUCGUCGGCAAGGGGCUGAGGGCGCUCUCCAGCUCGGCGAGUCGGUGCCGGCGCCUCUUUCGGGCCCAGCUGCUACCCUGGACAGCCUGCUUUCCGAAGACACCGCGCAGGACGCCGAUGACGAAUUCUUUGACGCGAUCGACAAUGACAAUCUGCCCGGCCUUGUCGUGGAAACGCCUUUGGUGUCCGCAAAAGAUGCGAGACAGGAUGCGACGUGGCCAAAGGAGUUCGAUUCGAAGCGCAUCGAUGAGGAUGCUUACGAGCCCUACAAGCGCUUGCGCACAAAGCUGCCCAUUGGCCACGACGAGAGACCUAGCGUCUCUCUGUGGGCUGUGCUCAAGAAUAACAUUGGCAAGGAUUUGACGAAGAUCACAUUCCCCGUCGCUUUCAAUGAGCCAACAUCGAUGCUCCAGCGAAUGGCGGAAGACCUAGAAUUUCCCGGCUGUCUAGAUGCCGCGGCCUCUUCAUCCGAGUCUUCGAAGCGUCUCGCUUUCGUAGCAGCGUUUGCAGCAUCAAAUUAUUCCAGCACCAUUGGUCGCAUUGCCAAGCCGUUCAAUCCGAUUCUGGGAGAGACUUUCGAGUAUUGCUCAGCCGGCAGCAGUCCAUACCGCUACGUCAGUGAACAAGUUUCGCACCACCCACCUAAAUCUGCAUGCUUGGCCGAAGCACCGCUAUGGAAUUAUAUGGGCAGCGUCGACGCGAAGUCCAAAUUCACUGGCCGCAGCUUCGAGAUCACGCCGACUGGUGUCGCUCAUGUGGAACUCAAGCUGCCCACAGAGUACUGCAAGAACGCGAUCAAGCCACUCCCAGCUGCAAAGGGUAUGGUCGAAAAGCGCGUGGUGGAACAUUACAGCUGGAGUAAGGUCACGACGGUUGUGUCUGGCUUCUUGACCGGCUCAAUUACCAUCGAUCAUGUUGGCACACUGGCGGUCAAGAACCAUGCAACCAACGAAAAGUGCGAGCUGAACUUCCGCCCACGCGGUUGGAGAGGAGGCAACGCAUGCGAGAUCCGUGGAGCAGUUUACGAUGCUGCAGGUCAGGUGCUCUGGGACAUCGCAGGCAGGUGGAGCACCCAGCUCGUUGCUCGUAGACGUGCCGCUGGGCAGGCGGACCUGAAUCCGGAUGAAGACAUCGGACAUGGCGGUACUGGAGCCGAGUACGUUCUGCUCUGGCGCAACAAUCCGAAGCCUCCUGCGGCCUUCAACCUCACCGCAUUCGCUGCUACUCUCAACUCCUUGCCUAGUGGGCUUGAGACGUGGUUGCCACCUACCGACUGUCGCCUCCGACCAGACUUGUCUGCAGCUGAAUUCGAGCUGAUCUUCGAAAGCGGACGGUUCUCGGAAGCUGACGUGCUCAAGGGCAAGCUGGAGGACCACCAAAGAGCAACACGUCGCAAGAGAGAGGCUGGUGAACUACCACCUCACAAGCCCCGCUGGUUCAAAGAGAUCAUCGAGCCAGACUCGGGAGAGUCAAUGUACGAAGCUUUGAGAACUCAAGGUGCCAGUGGAGAGCCUGAGGCCGAGUACUGGGCGGAACGCUCGCGCGUCGGCAAGGAGCGGGUGAGCGGCGACAAGGAUGCUGCUUGGAAGGGCGCCGAUCCCAUCUUUGGCGAUCUCACCGCCUCGCGAGCUAGACCAUGAUAGCCCAUCCAUUGUGCGCUGCGCGGAAACGUGCGGGACUGCCCCCCAAAUGCUCUUGCGCCCCUCACACGCCUCUUAAUUCGCUUCUGGAAUGCUUCAUUGAGAUUUUGGCCGAGCGCCUCGCGUUCUUGUCCCUCUAUACCUCUAUAUACACUCGGUGCCAAACGCUCUGUACGCGCUUUCAAAUCAAUGACGCUGUGACUAAGAUUACAGCGCGCCGCUGCUCACAAUCGGCGUGCGCGCAACGCGGAGGUGAAAGUGAUCGCAAUCAAGGGCGAGCGUAGAUCAAGCAUCGUGAUGAAGCUUCGCUAAGCUUCU